AUGAGAGUUUCUACUCUUCGUGCGAUCCGGGAGGAUCUUUGUUUGUACGCAUAUCCGAAUAAGAAAUGGCAAGUGACUCCUCCAUUCGAGCAGCUGCCUCAGAGACUUCCCGAGCCAGUGCUUGGAAUCAACUUCGCAAGAGAUGGUAUGCAGCGUAAAGAUUGGCUUUUGCUCGUAGCUGCACACUGUGAUGUUUGGUUGCUCUCUCUUGUUUCCUUCUUCGGUUCUUGGCUUACUCGUGAUGAGAGGACCCGCUUAUUCGAUCGGCUCAAUGAACUACCAACUCUGUAUGAAGAAGCGGAAAAUCGCCAUCCAUGGAUCCCGGAAACAAGUCCAGAGAAAUGA